AUGGUGCUAAAUCUACUUUUCAUAACGACUGUGAUAAAAUCCACCUUUGGUGUUGUCACCACUGGUCUCUGGCUAAUUCCCCUAAUACUGGCCGCCAUAACUUACUACAAAUACGACAAUGUGGAUCCGGAAUCAAGAGUUUUUGAUCAAACGAAUAUCUAUAGCGAAUAUGAUUUUAUAGUGGUGGGUGCCGGUUCAGCAGGAGCUGUGGUGGCCAAUCGUUUAAGUGAAGUGCGCAAAUGGAAAGUUCUACUGAUAGAAGCUGGGCCAGACGAAAAUGAAAUAUCAGAUGUUCCCUCCUUGGCAGCCUAUUUGCAAUUGAGUAAAUUGGAUUGGCAGUAUAAAACGGAACCCUCGAAUAAGGCCUGUUUGGGCAUGAAAAAUAAUCGCUGCAAUUGGCCAAGAGGCAAGGUAUUGGGUGGAUCCAGUGUUUUGAACUACAUGCUGUAUGUGAGAGGCAAUCGCUAUGAUUAUGAUCACUGGGAAUCCUUGGGCAAUCCUGGCUGGGGUUAUGACAGCAUUUUGAAAUACUUUAAGAAAUCUGAAGAUAAUCGCAAUCCCUAUUUAAAUAAGAAUCCCUAUCAUGGCAAGGGUGGUCUCUUAACCGUGCAAGAGUCUCCCUGGCAUUCACCCCUGGUGGCUGCCUUUGUAGAGGCCGGCACUGAAAUUGGUUAUGAAAAUCGUGAUAUUAAUGGUGAAAUACAAACGGGUUUCAUGAUAGCCCAGGGUACCAUAAGAAGAGGAUCUCGCUGUAGUACGGCCAAGGCCUUUUUGAGACCCAUAAGAAAUCGUCCCAAUUUUCAUUUAUCCAUGAAUUCUCAGGUUACCAAGGUCAUGAUAGAACCGGGCACCAUGAGAGCUAAGGGAAUAGAAUUUGUUAAGAAUGGACAAGUUAUUAAGGUGUAUGCUAAAAGAGAAAUUAUUUUAUCAGCUGGAGCCAUUAAUACGCCUCAGAUAAUGAUGUUGUCGGGAAUAGGGCCGCGCAAACAUUUAGAAAAACAUGGCAUUAAGGUGUUGCAAGAUUUGCCGGUAGGAGAAAAUCUACAAGAUCAUGUGGGUAUGGGAGGUUUGUCGUUUUUGGUGGAUAAACCAGUGUCUAUAGUGCAAGAUCGUUUCAAUCCCACAGCAGUUACAUUUCAAUAUGUCUUAAGAGAACGUGGACCCAUGACCACUUUGGGUGGUGUAGAGGGUUUGGCUUUUGUGCAUACACCCUUUUCCAAUAAAUCCAUAGAUUGGCCUGAUAUACAAUUUCACAUGGCUCCCGCCUCUAUUAAUUCAGAUAAUGGUGCCCGUGUUAAAAAGGUUUUGGGCUUAAAGGAAUCAAUUUACCAAGAAGUUUAUCAGCCUAUAGCCAAUAAGGACACCUGGACCAUAAUGCCUUUGUUGCUAAGACCCCGUUCUAGAGGCUGGGUGAAGCUAAAAUCAGCAAAUCCUUUUGAUUAUCCCAAAAUUAAUGCCAAUUAUUUCGAUGAUCCCUUUGAUGCCCAAACCUUGGUAGAGGGAGCCAAAAUUGCUUUACGUGUGGCCGAAGCUAAAGUUUUCAAACAGUUUGGUUCACGUUUAUGGCAAAAAUCAUUGCCCAAUUGCAAGAAAUUCAAAUUCCUAUCGGACGAAUAUUUGGAUUGUCAAGCCCGUACUAUAUCCAUGACCAUAUACCAUCCCUGUGGUACAGCGAAAAUGGGUCCAGCCUGGGAUCCUGAAGCAGUAGUAGAUCCUAGAUUGCGUGUUUAUGGCAUUAGAGGUUUAAGAGUUAUAGAUGCCAGCAUAAUGCCCACCAUUAGUAGUGGCAACACUAAUGCCCCUGUCAUAAUGAUUGGUGAGAAGGGUGCCGAUCUGAUUAAAGAAGAUUGGUUCCACAAUCCCGAAUACAAAGUGGUAGACAAAAGUUAGCAUAACAAAAUUAAAUU